ACGAAGGAUGGCGGUUUCGAAGAAAUGGGCAUCGACAAUCUCCGUCGUCGCUUCAUCUCUGUUUGCAUUCAUCAUCGUCUUCCAGAUUCCUCUCUUCCGAGUAGCGUGCAGGAACAAGACCUGCGAAUCACCACUGGAGGUUAUAUCCUCUCAGUUGGUUGGAAGCGAAUUCGUUCCUCCACCACUUGUCAAGACUCUCCUUUAUCCUGGUGCCACUGCCAUGUCCCUUCUCCGUGGCUCUCCACUCCCAAGCUACCACAACUUGUUCCACUUUUACCAUUUCGACCAGCUCAGUAGACCCUCCUCCUCUCUUUCAACCGAUGAUAUCCGCCAUCUAGAGGUGUUUGCUGGGUGCUGUUUAUGUCUGCUAGGUGCUUUACUCAGCAUCAUCAAACCCAGAAGACUAACCUUCAUUGGCACGCUCUUGAUCUAUUGGGGUCUUCUCAGAGACAUUCUCCUAUUCAACUCCUCUGCUCGUGUAGAGGAGUUCCCAAAGGUUAACAUAACGGAAACUACAUGUUUGAUUGUUCUCAAUCAUUCACCAUGGUAG